AUGGUUGAUCUUAUCCUUGCUGAUGUUAAAGAAUGGAAUUCAGAUUUAAUUUUCCAUUGGUGGCCGGAUGAUAUUGCUCAAUCAAUUUUAUCUAUGCUCAUCCCUCUUUUUGAGUGUUGCACCAUUCAUAUUUCUUGGUCUCCUCCGGUGAAUUUCUUCUUUAAGAUCAACUUUGAUGGUUCUUCUUCGGGAAGUCAAGGUCUAGUGGGAAUUGGUGGAGUUUGUUGUAACAAUUCUGGCAAAUUUAUUUUUCGCUUUGCAUGUUAUGUUGGUGCAACAUUUGCUUAUGUGGUUGAAGCGCUUGCAACUCCUUUGGCAUUAAAGAUGGCCAAAGAUCAUAACUCCACUCAUGUCAUUCUUGAAGGAGAUUCUCAGCUUGUGGUUGAUCUUAUUGUUGGACGUUUAUCUUCUAUUUCUUGGAGGAUUGCAAAAGACUAA